UUCUUCGUUAUUUCUAUUUUAAUUAUAUUUCUCUUUCUUUUUCUUUAUCUCCAGAAUCAAAUUCCUCGAGUAAAGUUAAAAUUAAUUUUUGCUUCAGAUCAAAUUUAUAUUCCAAAGAAACAUUCCAAUAUCUGAUUUUCAAUUCAUUUUUUCAAUUCAUUUUUAAUUCAAUUAGUCCUAAUUUAUAAUUUAUUUCCAUAAUGCAAGCUUUAAACUUAAGAACAACCACUAGAUCUGGUUUAUCCUCAUCUUUGAGAAAAAUCAAUCCAUUUUUAUCUGCAAACUUAUUUUUGAGAUCAAUUUCUACCCCAGCUUUCGCCAAUAUUAAACAAUUGCCACCAGACCCAUUAUUCGGUAUCUCUGCUCGUUCAAAAGCUGAUAAAAGAUCUCCAAAGGUCGAUUUGGUCUUGGGUGCUUACAGAGACAACGAAGGUAAACCAUGGAUCUUGCCUUCUGUCAAAGUCGCCGAAGAAUUAGUCAAGGCUGAUCCUUCUUAUAAUCACGAAUAUUUAGCCAUCGAUGGUUUCAAGACUUUAACUGUUGCUGCUUCUAAAGUCGCUUUAGGUGCAGAAUCUUCUGUCUUUUCAGAAAAUAGAAUUGUUUCUUCUCAAACUUUAUCAGGAACCGGUGCCUUGCAUCUUGCUGGUGUCUUUUUAAGCAAAUUUUACACUGGAAACAUCUCUUCUGUUAACGCCGAUACCACAAUCAGCUCAGAAAACAGAUCUAAAUUUUAUGUAUCAAAACCAACUUGGGCUAAUCACAUCCAGAUUUUUGACAGUCAAGGUUUUGAUGUUAAAACUUACAGAUACUGGAAUGAUGCUUCAAAGACUUUAGACUUUGAAGGUUACUUGGAAGAUAUCAACAAUGCUCCAAGUGGUUCUAUUUUCUUAUUGCACUCUUGUGCCCACAACCCAACUGGUUUAGACCCAACCCCUGAACAAUGGAUCGAGAUUCUUAACACCAUCAAAUCAAAGAAACACUUAGCUAUCUUCGAUACUGCCUACCAAGGCUUUGCCUCCGGUGAUUUAACCAAAGACGCCUGGGCUUUAAGAAAGGGUGUAGAAAUAUUGGAUACCCCAAUUGUCAUCUGUCAAUCCUUUGCUAAGAACACUGGUAUGUACGGUGAAAGAGUUGGUGCUCUUCAUGUUGUCUUACCUGAAACUAAUGAGCCUUUACUCUCUGCUAUUGCUUCUCAAUUGAAAAAAAUCACAAGAUCUGAAUUGUCAAACCCACCAGCCUAUGGUGCUAAAAUUGUUGCUCAAAUCUUGUCUUCCCCAGAAUUAUCCGAACAAUGGAACAAGGAUUUAGUUACCAUGUCUGGUAGAAUCAACAAAAUGAGAGCUCUUCUAAGAGAAAACCUUGAAAAAUUAAACACCCCAGGUACUUGGAACCAUAUAACUGAUCAAAUCGGUAUGUUCUCAUUUACUGGUUUAAAAAAAGAACAUGUUGAAAGAUUGGCUGAAAAACAUGCCAUCUACUUAGUUGGUUCUGGCAGAAUUUCUGUUGCUGGUCUUAACGAAAAUAAUGUUGAAUACGUUGCUAAAGCCAUUGAUGAAACUAUUAGACAUUUUGAAUCCAAAUAAUGAAUUAAUGAUUUUUUUAUAGAUUUUUUAACAUUUUUAACCUAAGCUAAUAAACUACUGAUUUUCCUUUUCUCACCAACCCAAGUAACUAAUAAGUAAAAUUAAAAAAAAAAAAAAGAAAACUAUCUUUCAUUUAAAUUAGAUAACUAUUUGCAGAUUACUUAUUGAUAAACAAUAAACUGUUUCAAAUUCUCAAA